ACAGCACGCCUGCCUUGCAACACUCAUUGUUCACCCCACUCCUCACACUAGCUACAUCGUCGACGGCCAUGGCGGCGCCCGUAGCCAAAAGAACCCUGUCCCUGGCGGCGUGCGCCGCCGUCCUCAUGGCGGUGUCCUUGGCACCGGUGGCGGCGAACGAGGAAGGAGACGCGCUGAUGGCCCUGCGCCAUAGCGUAGAGGACCCCGACGGCGUGCUCGCGAGCUGGGACCCCAAUCUGGUGAACCCGUGCACGUGGGUUCACGUCGGUUGCAACGACGACAACCGCGUCAACCGCAUAGAGCUCGCCAACAUGAGACUGUCGGGUCCUCUGCCGGCGGAGCUUGGGAAACUGGAGCAGCUGCAGUACAUGGAAAUGAGCGGUAACAAUCUCCAGGGCCCGAUCCCGGAAGAGUUCGGCGACCUGAAGAACCUGAUCAGCAUGGACCUGUACAACAACGACAUCUCAGGGCACCUGCCCAGGACGCUCGGGAACCUCAAGUCCCUGCAGUUCCUGCGCAUCGACCACAACCGCCUGACGGGACCGAUCCCCAGGGAGCUGUCCGAACUGCCCAACCUUGCGAACGUGGAUUUCUCCAGCAACGACCUCUGCGGCACCAUCCCGACGUCCGGGCCGUUCCAGAACGUCCCCCUCAGCAGCUUCUCCAACAACCCGCGGCUGAGGCAGGGGCCGGGCGCGUACGACGCCCACUGCUAGACUGAGACUGGCUGGCACCGCCAGCAUGAAUAACAAGAGAUCGAGCGGUGUUUGGUAGAGCAGUGCGCCGACGGAAUCGAGGACGGCGGCGCAGGCUGUGUGUGUGUGUGUGUCAGGGCAAAGCAGCAUCCCUCUGACGGGGGCCUCGUCUGUACUCUGUGUUCACCCGGCGCCGAUCGCAAGUGAGAAAUUGAGAAAACAAUUAAUCUGGUUAUGA